AGAGAGGCGAGAUGGCCUGCAGCAGGAUUCAGCCGCACUUCACUGAUCACCGACUCCUUACCAGACUUUUCACUAAACACUAACUGGUUCUGCUCACAUCUGGCCUCGAGUCCACGCCUGAAAAAGUGUGUGCAAGAAUGAACUGACCGACUCAUUAGAAAACAGUUUGGUUAGAAAUCGUGAAGCAUGGGUGACUGGAGCUUUCUCGGGCGACUGUUGGAGAAUGCACAAGAACACUCGACGGUGAUCGGCAAAGUCUGGCUGACUGUCCUCUUCAUCUUUAGGAUCCUGGUGUUAGGAGCAGCAGCAGAGGAAGUCUGGGGCGAUGAACAGUCGGACUUUACCUGCAACACGCAGCAGCCUGGUUGUGAAAACGUUUGCUAUGACGAGGCUUUUCCCAUUUCACACAUCCGUUACUGGGUGCUGCAGAUCAUCUUUGUGUCCACGCCAACGCUCAUUUACCUGGGCCACAUACUGCACAUCAUCCGUAUGGAGGAUAAGCGCAAAGAGAAGGAGGAGGAGCUGCAAAAGGCACAGAGACACCAGGAAGAGAAAGAACUCCAGUACAGAAAUGGGGACAGAGGAGGCGAGAAAAAAGAGAAACCUUCAAUCAGAGAUGAGCAUGGCAAAAUCCGCAUCAGGGGUGCUUUGUUGCGCACAUACGUGUUCAACAUCAUUUUCAAGACUCUGUUUGAGGUGGGUUUCAUUUUAGGCCAGUAUUUUCUCUAUGGUUUCCGGCUCAUGCCACUGUACAAGUGUGCACGGUGGCCCUGCCCCAACACUGUAGACUGCUUCCUGUCAAGACCUACGGAGAAGACCAUCUUCAUCAUGUUCAUGCUUGUGGUGGCUUGCGUGUCUCUUGUGCUGAAUAUAUUAGAGAUUUAUCACCUAGGAUGGAAAAAAAUCAAACAGGGUGUGACCAGAGGAUACAUCCCUGAGCAUGAGUCACUGGCCCAUAAUGACACAGUGGACACUGGAGCCAUGCCUGCAGCCUCCAGGACUGACCCUGCAGCUCUUAGCUAUCCUCCCAAAUAUACCAAGUUAGCAGCAGGUAGCACAACCUUCCUGCAGCCAGGGUCAGUUCCUGUAACAUCAGAUUUCAAGAUUGAUCCUCUGCAUGAGGAGCCAAACUCUUUCUACAUCAGCAGCAACAAUCACCGGCUGGCUGCUGAGCAGAACUGGGCCAAUCUGGCCACUGAACAGCAAACUCUGGAAAAGAAGGCCAUUGCUCCAUCUACUUCCUCCUCCUCCUCUGCCUCUUCCUGUGAUAACGAGCAGCGCCCCAGAGACGCUGCUCCCACUACCAGCAUUCCCAGCUCAAGUGGUGGCAUUUUGAGUAGUGGGAAGUGCGAGCCAGAGGAGAGUCACGUCACCACUACAGUGGAGAUGCACAAGCCACCUAGCGUGUUUACUGACCUCCGAUGCAUGAGCAGAGCAAGCAAAACAAGCAGUGUAAGAGCAAGGCACAAUGAUCUGGCUGUCUAGUAACCUUCAAUGCACAACUUCAACUUUAAUAUAUACACGUUAGGCAAUGUAAAAAAACAUAAUGUGAAAAUAUAAAUGAGAGUCAGGUUGCUGGAUGUUAUCUAGGGGGAUUACAAAAACAUAAAAUAUCGAAAGCUGUGCAAUCAGUGAGUUGUGGUGUUGAUACGUAGCACUUGAACGGUGUCUAAUGUUACGUGGCAGUUCAAUGAUAUGAUAAAAGAGAGGUUAUUCAGUUCACAAUUUAGGCGCUUAUAAACACAUAACAUAUAACAUCGAUCACUUUCCCUUUAUCUUGUGGCAGCAAAAGAAGAGCCUCAGUUAGAGUUCACAUAAAAAUUGGGGGAAAAUGUGAUCUUGACAUGGCAUUAUUGUUGAUGCCGUACAACCUGGUUUGAAAGUUUUUGGGAAAAGGCUGAUCUUAUGGGAUUUUCAGGAGCAAAAGUCUCUAGAGUUACACAGAGUGGUGUGAAAAACAAAAAAAAUGUCCAGCGAAUGGUAGUUCUGCAGGUUGACAAGAGCUGAGAGGAGAAGGAUUUGAGACAGAAGACUACAUCAGGUUUCUUCCUAUCUCACCCAAGAACAGCUAUCUGGGACUACAGUGGACAUAGAUUCACCAAAAGCAAAGGUCCAAAACGCUGGGUGUUUUUUGUUUUUCACACCAUUCUAUGUAAACUCCGGAGACUGUUGUGUGUGAAAAUCCCAGUAGAUCAGCAGUUUCUGAAAUAGUCAAACCAGCCUGUCUGGCACCAAGAAGUAUUCCACUGUCUAAAUCACUGAACUAACCCUUUUUUCCUGAUUUUUUUGCUUGAUGUGAAUAUUAACUGAAACUCUUAACAUGAAUCUGCAUGAUUUCAUGCAAAUGCGCUGCUGCCACAUGAUUGGCUGUGAGUGUAUAUCUGUGAAUUAUAACAUCUUAGUAUGAACAAAAUCCUGAUCCUAGCACUGUAGGAUAUUAUAUAUAAAACAGUCAUUCUUAAACUGUAAUAUCUAAUUGCUGAUUGGCAGCAACAUGAAUGGCCUUUUCUUUUUCAGAGUUUUGAUUACAAAAAUCCAGUAUUGGUGCACAAUACCAACAUCUACAUUUAGGUUCACAAUAUAUUCAGGGUGAAAAAUCAGAAACAGUACAAGAAUUUCAUUUUAAAAUAAUAGUCCAGGAAUAAUGUAGGUUUAUGUUUUGACAUUUAUUAAGCCCUCUUUUAUCGUAGCAGAUCUGCUCAUAAAUCAUGUAAAAAACAAAACAAAAAAAACAACCUGAAGCCAGCAUCUGCCUCUGCAUUUCAC